GCAUCGUCAGCGCUUGUGUGUGAGGGAGAAGAAGCGGCGGCGGAGACGGAGACGGUGAGGAGACGCCAUGGCCGCGGCGAUGGCUGUCCUGGGCUCCUCCAUCCUGGCCCUGUUGUUAGCUGGGUACUUGGCACAGCAGUAUCUUCCCCCUCCAAAGCCAAAGGUGAUUGGUGUGGACCUGGGCACCACGUACUGCUCGGUCGGAGUGUUCCAGCCUGGCACUGGGAAGGUGGAAGUGAUUGCCGACCAAGCCGGGCGAAAGACGUUGCCAAGCGUGGUGUCGUUUACUGACCGAGAGAUAUUGGUGGGGUACGGUGCUCAGGAAGUGGGUGACGCCAACCCGCUGAACACUGUGUAUGAUGCCAAGCGCUUUAUAGGGAAGCGUUUCACGCCCGAGCAGCUGAGCGAUGAAAGUAGCCGCUACCAGUUCAAGGUGUUGUAUCAUAAGGGGGAUGCGCAGUUCUCCGUUUCUGUGAAUGAAUCGUUCCACGUCACGCCCGAGUACGUUGGCUCGCUGUUGCUGUUGGAGUUGAAGAAGAUGGCGGAGGACUACCUGGGGAUGCCCGUGAGCAAGGCUGUCAUUUCAGUACCAGCAGAUUUUGACGAGAGGCAGAGAAACCACACAGUGAAAGCAGCUCAGCUCGCAGGGCUGGAUAUCCUUCGGGUCAUUAACGAGCCGACUGCAGCAGCCAUGGCCUACGGACUGCACAAGGUGGACGUAUUCAACGUGCUAGUGGUGGACCUGGGUGGUGGCACCUUGGAUGUCUCCCUGUUGAACAAACAGGGGGGGAUGUUCCUGACCAGAGCAAUGGCAGGGAAUAACCAGCUGGGAGGCCAGGACUUCAACCAGCGGCUGCUGAAGCAUCUGUACAAUCGGAUAUACCAACGGUUUGGGACUCUGCCGUCAAACAAGAGAGACAUACAUCACCUGCGCCAAGCGGUGGAAGCAGCCAAGCUGAACCUGACCCUGUCGGACACGGCACUGAUCAAGGUCCCGAUCUCACUGCCAGACCCCAGGCAGCCCGCUGAGGAGCCAACGGACGGCAAGGGGGGACAAGCUGAUAGCAGCAUCCAGGUCCUGCUGGAAGAAACGGUGAGCAGGGACCUCUUUGAGGAGUUGAACCGAGACCUGUUUGAGAAGAUCCUGGAACCGGUGAGAGAGGUGCUGUCCCGCGGCCACCUGGAUCGCUACGAGGUGGAUGAGAUCGUCCUGGUCGGCGGGUCCACCCGCAUCCCGCGGAUACGACAAGUCAUCCGCGAGUUCUUCGGCAAAGAGCCCAAUACCUCGGUGGACCCCGACCUGGCUGUGGUUAUUGGCGUUGCCAUACAGGCGGGGAUAGUGGGUGGCUCGUGGCCACUGCAGGUCAGUGCCUUGGAAAUCCCCAACAGGCAUCUACGUAAAACGAACUUCAACUAACGGACUCCCUCGCAUUGAACUUGUUUACAAAGGCUCAGAAGUCAACUUAAUUCCGUGGAUCGGAGAUGGAAAACACAACGUAUUGCUAACGCUCUUACCUUCAGUCUUCAGAGUGACCUCCUUAGCUUCCGGCAAAUCAUUUGGGGAGGUCAGUCACUAAUUUUGAAAGCUUUGCUUUAUUAGCUCUCUGGCGUUCUACCUUCCUCUCUGAAGCAGUGGCACUGACUAAUAUGGGAGCCAUGUUGUUUGUUAUUUUGGACAGGUCACCAGAGAAGGACAUCAUUCAUCACAGGUUCUGUUGUUUCUUAGGUACCGUUUUUAAUUUUCACCUCCCUGUUCCACAAUAAAUUUUCUGAGCCAACUCGCCGCAUUCAGUCUCACCAAGCCGAUUAUGGCAAGUCUAUGGUUUUGGGACCACCCUCUUAAGAGUUUCAACUCUUGGUCGAUUUGGCCUACAAGAUAGUCACAAGUACAGGUAGCAGGGGCUGAGUUCCUGGCUCUCUUGACUCUCCUUUGCAAAGGGCAGGAGGUGUCUGUCAGGUGAAGAUGAUAUGUGCUUUACAUUGACACCACUUGCUUAUCUUAAGUUGGCCACGUGGAAUGUAUGGGAGAUGUCACCAAGUUCUUGCCGUUGAAUAACCAGAGUGGACUUUGGGCAAGAUAUUAAUGGUGGAAAAAAUCUUUUGGAUUUCAGGAGAAAAAAAAGUGCCCUCUAAGUAGUCUUACAAUAUGGAUGAUAAAGGAACUGACUUUAUCCUGAAAGGACUGAGCAUUUUCUCCUUCAGAAACUUCAGUUAAAUGUGCGACAGAAAUGAAAUCAGUGCUUUGACCCACGACGUUAGUUUAUUUAAAGUGACUUUUGUUUAUUUAAAUGGUGCCAUAAGGCAGAAAAAAAGUGAACGUAUAAAUUUAUUAAAUAUAUAUUUAUAUGAAAUUUUAUACAUAAAGAGACUUCUUUAUGAACCAGAUCCCUUCUAUCCUUGUUGCAACAUAUGUUAGAUGAAAAUGAUGAAAUGCUUGAUUAAACAUUUUCUUGUCCUGACCCGGGGACUUUCUUCUGGGCAAUUAAACUCUGACUUUUAUUUAAAACUUAAAUCUCAAAAAGGUAAGAGUUACUGGUGUUAGACACAAAUGCUGGAGAAACUCAGCGGGUGAGGCAGCAUCUAUGGAGCGAAGGAAUAGGUGACGUUCCGGGUCGAGACCCUUCUUCAGUUACUGGUGUGGUCAGUGUUAUUAACCCUUGAUAAUCUGGCAAUGAAUUGCUCUCUUAAGCCACUGUGUGGAGCGGGAUGUUCCAAAGUUUUGAUUAAUUCUGUGAAGGAACGGUUGAUUUAUUUACGAGUCUGGAUAGCGUGUGACUCUGAGGGUGGUCUGUGGCGGCACUCCUCUUGUGCCUUGGUGAGUUGCUGCAAUGGUGGCACCCGAAGGAGGCACAU